AUGCAAAUGGAAAGAAGCAAAGGAAGAGUGUGUGUUACAGGAGGUACAGGUUUUAUUGGUUCAUGGAUUAUCAAGAGGCUCCUUCAAGAUGGUUACUCUGUUAACACCACUAUGAGACCCCACCCAGGACACAAGAAAGAUGUUAGCUUCCUUACCAGCUUACCUGGAGCAUCCCAAAGGCUACAAAUUUUGAGUGCUGAUCUUAGCAAUCCAGAAAGUUUCAGUGCAUCCAUUGAAGGGUGCAUUGGAGUUUUCCAUGUUGCUACCCCAGUUGACUUUGAACUAAAGGAACCGGAGGAAGUAGUGACGAAAAGAUCCAUUGAUGGCGCACUAGGAAUUUUGAAGGCAUGCCUCGGUUCCAAGACUGUGAAGCGAGUUGUUUACACCUCUAGUGCUUCUGCUGUGACUUCCAGUAGCAUAGAAGAACAAGUGAUGGAUGAAAGCUCGUGGAGCGACGUGGAUAGUCUUAGAGCCUCAAAGCCAUUUGGUUGGUCAUAUGCGGUUUCAAAGACAUUGACAGAAAAGGCAGUGCUUGAAUUUGGAGAGCAGAAUGGAUUGGAUGUUGUCACACUAAUUCCAACUUUUGUUUUUGGACCCUUCAUUUGUCCAAAUCUUCCUGGCUCGGUCCAAGCUUCAUUGAGUUUUGCAUUUGGAGAAAAAAGUGCCUUUGGUUUCAUGCUUCAGACACCCAUGGUGCAUGUGGAUGACGUGGCUAGAGCGCAUAUAUUUCUGCUGGAACUUCCUAAUCCAAAAGGGAGGUAUAAUUGUUCACAGUGUCUGGUAACUUUUGAAAGGAUCUCUGAACUUGUUUCUGCCAAGUACCCCGAAUUUCAACUAGGCACAAUGGACUUGUCCAAGCAAGUUGAAGGUAUCAAGCUACCAGAUUUAUCAUCAAAGAAGCUGGUAGAUGCUGGAUUUGUGUACAAGUAUGGACUUGAGGAAAUGCUUGAUGAUGCGAUCCAAUGCUGCAAAAGAAAAGGGUUACCUGUGAGGUAGUUGUGCUGCGUACCCUUUUAUAUAUCAUAGGAUGAGGAUUGUUAUACAUAUAAUGAAACAACAGUUAUCUGUGCUAAAACACGGUUUGGGAUUUGCUUGCUUUUGGGAUUGGAUAGCACUGGCAAUUAAACCUGCUAUUUCCAGUGUAAUAUGGUUUGUAUUAAAUAUAUCUAGUAACAUAUAAUGUAUUGAUUGUGACAAA